AUUCUAAACUCCCAGUCCCAAAAUGCUCCGUGCCUGAGAGCAAACAGAGUAAAGAGCUGUAACGUGAGGAGGUGAACAUCGUGCGCCAUUGAAAAAAAGUGUAAAUGAUAGUGGAUUGGCCUCUUUUCCUCUCAACGCUCAGAAGCAAAACUACAACAAUCUCAUGCCGACGAUGAAAAUAUGGCAGCUGGAAGAGCAAGGUCCUUCCGUCGUGUUGGGAGUCUCAUGCGGAGUAAAUCUGAGGGGACACUGAUUGAUCUGGAUGACAAAGUCUCAACCAGUGACAACCUAAAUGGUGGGUAUGGGACACAUAACUCCGAGUGGCAGAUUUUACAACCAGAGGUCGUAGGUUCAUCUCAGUCGAAAAAUCCUUUUUGGAACAAACUGUCUGGAUCAAACCCUUUCUUAGACGACAUAGUACACAGCGGCACAGACAAACACAAUUCCAACAAAUCAACUGUAAAACAAGACAAUAAAAAACAUUUGGACCCAAAUGAAGAUGACGCCUUUAGCACAUCUUCUGAUGAAGGCAACGUGGGAACCUUUUUGGAAAACAUACAAAAAGUCAGUAACAAAUCAGGGAGAUGUAGAAGUGCUUCAGACAUCCUGGAUGAUCUGGAGAGAAAAGUGCCAAAACGGGAGAACAGCUUUAGACCGCCUGGGCCAGUGCUGAACCCAGAUUUUGAGUGGCUAAAGAACGACAGAGAGGCCUACAAGAUGGCCUGGCUGAGCCACAGGCAGCUAACCCGCUCAUGUCUGGACUUAAAUCUGAUGAGCCAGAGUCCAGGGUGGGCUCAGACACAGGCCACUGACUUUCAGGUAAUCUGCAAGAUCGGCCACGCUGGUGGCUCAGUACAGUUGCCAGACUCAGAAAUUAGCAUCCAUAUCCCAGAAGGCCAUGUUCCUCCUGGAGAAGUCCAGGAAGUUACACUGAAAGCCAUGCUAGACCCUCCUCCUGGACUCAAUAACAACUAUGUGACAACCAUGAGUCCACUUCUAGAGGUGGUCCUCAGCAACAUCAACAUACAGGAGUGCAUCUCUCUGGAGAUGAAACUGGCUGGAGAGGUGAAGAGCGACCCAUUGAGUCAGGUGAUGACUAAUGUGGUCGGGCUGGUGUCCAUCAAAAGAGAGGGCCCUUAUCUUAAAGUGAACAACUGUUACAUUUACAAGAACAUGAUGCAGAUGAAGCUGCAAGACCUGAAGACACAUUUUUAUGUGAUUGCAGUCGCGGAGGCCUCUGCAAUACAGGCUCCUGCUACAUCAGUGUGGGAUUAUCUUGAUCGCCAUAUCACAUUUGCAGUUUAUGGUCCCAGGUAUAUCCAUCCAUCAUUCAAGGUCGUACUAGUGGUUUGCGGUCAUGGGGAUGUUCCGCCAAGGCUUCCGUUUUCAGUUACCUGCAGAGGAAACAAAAGCGCACCUCCACUUGUGCUGCAGCUUUGGGGAAAACAUGGGUUUAAACCAGACAAACUGAACAACCUGCAUGUCGGUAUCAGCCUCACAGACUCCAUGUUUAAAAUCAAACCGGAGGACAAACUUAAAGAAGUGAGACAAAGUCAGCUCAAAAUAGGGAUAGUUUUGCAACUGCCAGUUGCGUUAGCUUGUGCCAGUAAUACAGAAAUGACCCCUUUUAAAUUAGAUCUACAAGUGAAGGAAUCAAACGGUACAACUGUUACACAUUUCCAAGUAGCUUCCCCUCCCGCAGCACCCAUCAGAUCAGAAAGGAGAGUGUCGCGGCAGAUAGAAAAGCAGAUUGAAAUGACAAGAAGCCCACCUAUUCCUGAGGAAAGUGUAACAGAUAUCCCCAAAUUCAUAGACAGACCUGUGAACAUACAGUACUAUGGUGUAGCCCUAAAGUCAGUCCUCCGUCAGCCACGAGUAGACUACCUUCUGGAGUAUUUCAAGGGGGACACUGUGGCUCUCCUAUCCAGAGAGACGGUAAGGUCUGUGGGUAACUCAAAAGUAAAGGAAUGGUAUAUUGGAUUCCUCCGAGGCAGGACUGGUUUGGUUCACUGCAAGAACGUCAAGCUCAUAACCAGAGACCAAGUGAUGGACUUCACCGGCAUUCAAAUCACCACAGAGGUCCUCUUGGACAACAUGACGCAACCCUUCAAAAAGCUUACUUACAUGUACUCCGCCAUCCAGACGUUGGUCACUGAACACAUAACCAGCUGGAGAGGUUUGGCUGAUGCUUUAGGGUACAGCAAUCUGUCGCUGGACAUCAUCACACACAGGCACGCUGAAACUCAGGCUGAUAAAGUCGCCUGCGUACUGGAAAAGCUCAAGGAAGACUGCCAUGCUGAGAAGAGCAGGAAAAAGUUUCUGCAUGCGCUCAUGUUGGGUCUGUUGAAGAUUGACUCUGUGAACCUUGUGGCGCAGCUGAUUCAGAACACAGUCAUUUUGUCCACAGCUGUGGAGCUGGGAGUUCGAUGGCGGGAGCUCGCUGAGAAGAUGGCAAAACUCUCCAGCGCUCAGAUAGCCGGCUACGAGGCGCCGCACCGAGGGGAGAACGGAGAAAUCGUUUCCCAGUCAAUGUGGAAACCUGCUUAUGACUUCCUGUACUCGUGGAGUCUGCGGUAUGGAGGCAGCUACAGGGACAUGAUCCAGGACCUGCACCUGGUCCUGGACAAAAUGAAAAACCCUGCCACCAGGCAGUGGAGGCAGCUGACUGGCGCCCUCAUCACUGCGAACUCUCUCGAUAUCUUUCGAGCCUCUGCAUAUCCAAAUUCCUAAACUUUAUGCAAGCGUACUCUUGUGAUGACUGCACCAUCCAUGCACUUGGGAAAAAACUGAGAGGUUUUGUUACACAGCAAUAAGGUUUUGGAUGUGUUUAACGUUACUUUGCGCUUUUUUAUUGUGGCAUUGUUUUGCGCACUCAUUUUUACACAAAGCAUUAGAAGCUACUUUGUUGAAAAUAAUGAUCUCACUUGGUGAAGUUAAACUAUGUUCUCACAAUUUUUGAUGAAGGAAUGUCACUAUAUCUUGCAAAGAAAAGAAAAAGAGUAGUUUGUCACUUUUUCUCUAUAUAUGGCUGUGCCAAUGUGAUGAAGCCUUAAAAUGAAAGUUUAUUGUGGUAGAUCGUUCGGUCAAUUGUUUAUGAGGUCAGUAGUUAUAGACUGACAUCAACUCUCCUGGGUAUCAAUAAUCUCAACUGGCGUAUCGAUAAUUGUUUCUUUGAUCUUUGUCUUUUAAUUUUUGCUGUUUAAUAGUAACCCAAUAAUGUAAUGUAAUCCAGUUACUUUUGUUUCUGCAAACGUGCAUUACCUGAAGAGCAGGUUAAAUUAUUAUUGAUGUAUCUAAUUUGAUUUAUUUCCUGACUGUAUUGUUUUUUGUUUUCUUUAUUAAGGAUCCCCUUCAUCUUUAAGUCCUGUGAAGUUUGUAUUUUUUUUAAAUAAUAAUGUGAACACUCUUGCUAACAAACAAUUGCAAGGGUUGCUGUACUGACAGUACAUUCACCUUUAGUGGACUUUGUGUGCUGAAAAUGAGAACGUUCUACCAGGUGAAAGUUUCCUGAUGCCAGUAAAUGAACCAUUAAGAUGCU